GGCUGGCGUGGCCCAGAGUAAAGCCAUCCACCGACUGACUGGGACGAGUUUUCUCGACGCCAAGGCAUCGUCCACCGAACCCUCGACAAUUUCACCAUCCAUUCGACAAUUUAUGAGUGAAAAAACGCCUCCUAAAAUCGUCUCGGGCUGUGAACAACAGAGACUCGUUGUGAUGAACCCGGUUUGUUUAAUUUUUACGGAGUAAAGUUGUUGGUGAAGGUGUAGUAGUGGCUCUGUGCCUGUGUGUUUGUGUCGGAAGUGCUGACCACAGGGGAAAACAACAAACAAUAACGGUUUUGAUGAGGUGAGAACUAGUCGGUGUGAAGAAUGGUAUAAAAAUUGGAGUUGACGAAUUGAGAAGUUGUUUUUCUGUGGUUCUGGAGCCUAAACGGACAAUAAUAGAAGAGAAAAAAAUUGACGAAAUAAUAUUAUUGAGCAUUUGGAAGGUUGAGGACCUCUGGAAGGCGUUCAAGGACAUAAACAAUACUACAAAAAUUAAAAAACAUCAGGUGGUGCUGAUAAACAGAGAAAUUGCAGGAGUUGUUGGUGAGUGAGUGGAAUUUUCGUGUUUUCGAAGGACAAAAAAGGAUUAAAAAAUAUAAAUAAAUUUCGUUAUUGAACCUUUGGGAGUUUGAGGACCUCUCCAAGUUGUUUAAGAACCUUAACAAUAAUAUAAACAAUAAAAAACAUGAGUUGGAGUUGAUGGACAGUGCGAAGUUGUUGCAAUUGUUCACAAAAAAUUGAUAAAAAUAUAAAUCUUCAACAUUUGCAAUUGCGAGGGCCUCCAGGAGCCUCUCAACAUCAUAAACAACAGUAUAAACAGUGGAAGACAUCACCAACAACAACAACUGGAAGCUUAUUGUUGGAUUUUCUUGUUUUUAAGGCAAAAAAAAGUCUUCAAAAUUGAAAAAAAUAUAUAAAUAAAAUCGUAAUUGUUCUCUGCAACCGAUAAAUCACAUGUUGAAGUGUCGAAUAAUAAUUCUGAAGUGAAAAUAAGAAAUUGUUGGUGAUAAACGGGAGAAACCAUCCAAGUAAUUUCAUCGUCUGACGAAAUUCCACAGGCUGAGCCAGUGUUUUUGUGUCUUCGGGACAUUCCGUGGGAGCCGACGGUCUCUGGGAGAGCCGUUAAAAAAUCCCAAUACCUCUCUCUCACUUCAGUCCACUCCUCUCUGUUCACGAGGCGCGUGUGGAGGCCUUUAACUCCCAUUCAUUGACGCACGGAUAACCACGCGUCAUAAUAAACAUAUUUCGAGGGAGUUUGUUGUUUUUUUUCGCAGACGCAACGAGGCAUAAACACUGCAACGAGAAGUGCAAUUACCAAUUUCAUCGGGACUCAUUCAUUUUUUAAUUGAGAAAACACAAAGUCACUGUGAAUAGGGACAAUUGUUUUUUUUAAUUGUUUUUUUUUCUUAUCACGCGGGACAGUGAUUCAUACGUGUUUGUGAUUACGUCGUGGAGCGUCACGUGUAUCAAAUAUUUGUGAACAAUUGUUUGAAGGAGUGCUUAAGCAGCAGAAAAUGGAAAGUUAAGGGCCUCGAAGGGAAUUCACAGCUCGACAAUUGGAAUAAUUGAUGUUUUUUUUUCAUUUUCAAAUGUUAAUUAACGAUAACUUAAUGAUAACCGAGGGCACUGAAGAAUAAAUAAACAAGUUGAAAAUGUUGAAUUAAAAAAAAAUUGGAGAAGAAAAAUCCAAAACAAAAAAUUAGCAUUUGUGCAUUUUCAAAAGUUUGUGAAUUAAAAGUUGAAGAACCAUACGAGAACAUUAAACCAAAAAUAAACAUUAAAAAAAAGUUACAAAAAUCCGAAAAAUUCAAAAAUUGCAAAAAACCAAAAAUUAACUUUUUGCAUUUUAAAAAGUUGAUAAGCAACAAGUUGAUAGAGAGGAUCAUCAGGACACUCAAGGCUGAAUAAAAAAACCGAAGGAAGUUGGAAGAAGCCAGAGAAAACUCGAAAAGCUCUGGAUUUUCAAAACUAAAGAAAAACUUUUUUCCCAAUAAUUUCCUAAAAAUACAAAAUGCCGAGUGCCGAGGAGCCGACAUACCUCAAAGUGAUACCCGAGCCGCCCCAGGACUUCCUGACACAUGACGUUGACCUCCUAGUUUCGCAAAUAAAGGAGAAUCUUCGUCUCUCGUCGCUGAAAGCAAAAUCCUCAGUGAGCCAGCGGUGCAGGGUGGCCCCUUACCUGGCUCCCUCGAGGGUGAAAAUGAGGAGGUUCGAGGCAGGCUACAGAUUACAAAAGAGCAAGGACAAAGCCGAGGACGAUCCCUACGAGAAGCUCAGGGAAUUGCUGGAGCAGGGGAGGCUCAUCAGUGAGGCAGUGAAAAAAUUACAGAAAACUAAUAUCGAGGCGCUCGACGACUCUGAGGGCGAGGAGGACCACCUGCAGGGCAUACACAGGGUCUACAGGAGGAAAGACUACUACUACGACUCCGAGGACGAGCCACUACCCGAGGUUUAUGAUCCUGAGUUGGUGUGAAUCGUGGGUCUGUGCAUUUUUUUUCGUGGGAGACAAAUAAACCUAGGGGAGGCAUUGGUAAUUGGGGGGGGAGAGGAACAUUUUUUUUAAUUGUGGGAGGUGGUGAGGACGAGGGGGACGACGAGGGAGAGGACGAGGACAUUGUAUACGAAUUUGGAGGGGGGGAGAGGAGAGGGAAGAGAAAAAGGAGAGUUUUGGGUUUUUGCACUUGAGUUGAAGAAGACGAAUCUUGCGUUGGGAAUAUCGCGGGAUUGGCUGAGUCGAAUUGCAAAUUUUUUUUUUCAGUUUGAAGGUUUUUUUGACGGGAUUCGAAGGAGCGGUGAUUUUUGGAAAUCGCAUCGGUGCGACGCGAGAUAUUGAGGGUUUUGUGGCACUCGUUUCCGAGGAAUUCCACAAAUUAUGGGAAGGGUUCUCUUAGUUUUUUUUUAGUUUUUUUUUUGGAGGAGGAAUUCCGGGGGUCUGGGGGAAUUCUUGGGGGAUUUUCGAGUGUCCUUGAGGCAGUGGAGAUGAUUGUGCUCGUGGUUAUGAUUAUGCUCAGUUUAAUUUUUAUUUUUAGAGAUGUUGAGGGGAUGAGAGCGAAAUGAGAGGAGAUGAAAAAGUGAGUUUAGUUUUUCGCGGAUAUCUCGCAAUCCGUUGGUGGUAGGGGGGUCUCAGCGGGGAACUUUUUUCUGGGGGAGAUUCAGGGCUGCAAAAAAUGUUCUACGAAAAUUUUUGUGCCUCCACUGGGUCGCGAGAUAUUCGGGGAAAACGGAUUGGGGAAUGGGUAACAGAUCUCAGCGAAAAAUGUCAAUCUCAGUCGUAGUAGUUGAUGGAUGCAUGUAAAUUAUGAAAAUUCAUUCUCAUUUUUUUUUAUAGGAGUUCAUUGUAAUGAGGAAAAACGACGGGGAGGAUUUUUGAGUCAUUUUUCCUCGAUUUUGGGGGAUAAUUCAAUUACCUUUGAGUAUUUAGGACGAUUUGAACAGUUAAAUAAGAGGAUUAUUGGGGGGAAUGAUUGCUGAAACACUCGAAUUUAUUGGAAUUUAUGGAAUGUGUGGGAGACUGGAGGGUUUUGUGGAGUAGCUUUACACAUUUCAGUGGGGGAGUGAUUGCAGAAAGUGAGUCUAAACUCUGUUUCGGUUUAUUCUGUGAAUUUUGGGGGAUUUUUUGUUUCAUUCCAGGGGUAAUUGACAAUUCAACUGAAUUAAAAAGCCUGAAAUGAAGAAAAUUCGGUUCAUUUAAUUAGUGAUUAGCUGGGGAAUGAGUGAGACAUCUUCUUAGAAGAAUUCAAUGUCUUAAAAAAUGUCUUUUGUUUUUUUUUGUCUGAGCCAAUUUCUUCCUAAAAUAAUUUCUGAUUUAACAAAACGAAAAAAAGGAAAACUUGUUCGUCAAAUUCGUGAUUAUCUGGAGAACGGGUGGAGUUACAGGAAAAAAUUGUCUUCACUUUUUUUGUGUAAUUUAAUUUCCUACAAAAAAGGUCUUACGAUAUUUUUCCCUCACUCCCCUCACUUCUGAGAUAAUUCUCCAUUUAACAAAAUAAAAAAAAAUGGGAAGAGAGAUAAAUUCAAUUUGACGAAAUUGAGAGUGAAAUUGGUUCACAAGAAAUGUCGAGGGGCAAUUUUUCGUAUGAAAUUCAAUGUCCCACAAAAAAUUCGCCGGAAUUCUAAUCUAAAUCCCAGAGUUUCCAAAAAUAUUCACAAGAUAAACUCUAAACUUUAAACUUUGAAUGGAAAUUGAACUGAAUUUCUGGACUUGUGCCCUUCUACCACUCCCCCACAGGUAUAAACUGUGCAUGUUUUAGUGCAUAGUGAACCAACAUUGUCCAUCGAUGGCAUUGAUGUAACAAACGUUGAAUUUUUCCGUUAAUUUUUCCACAGAAGUGUAAAAACACGAGAGAAUUUUUUUUAUUCCUCUGUUUAUUAACAUUUGUGAGCUGUUAGUCAGGCGUUUUGAGUACACGUCUGUCGAUAAACAUCGAAUUAAUGAUUCACCGAUGGUGACUAUUUCCGAUGAUCGAUGUAAUUAACAGAGAGAAUCUUCUAUUUCUGAUUUUGUUUUUCAAUUGGGGAAAGAUGAGGUAAAAUGAACCUUCAUAAAUCAUCAAUAUCUCCUGAACUAAUGGUGCGAUUGGAACGAGUCGGGUCUCAUUUUGAAACCUGAAAAAAUAAAGAAAAAAUGAAAAAAAAAAUUUCGAAUUUUACUCAGCCAAUCUUGAAUUAUUGAUGAUUAAAGACGGAUCAUUUUCCAUUCCUCUCGGAAAAACGUUCUGGCGCAUCAAUAAACGUUGACAAAUCCUAGGUAUUGCGUUUAAUUGUAGCAUAGGAGGUAUUUAAAUGCGUAUGGAUGAUGAAUCAUUUUCUUUCACAUUUUUUUGUUCAUUUCAUUUUGAGUUUGGGGAAGUUGAAGUGGUAAAACGUAGCGAAACAGAAAAAUUCUACCCAAACCUGUGCUUAAAGGUGGAAUUAUCUCGUUAACGAGUCGUUGUAGAGAAAAAUGUUGAGAAACAUUUUUAUAGAGAAUUUCAUGGGCUACAAAAAACGUCUGAACGUAUUUUGCUCUAAAUCCUGUCGUUAACAAGAUAAUCACAAAAAUAGUAAUACCGAUUUUUUUACGUUUCACCACUUCACUCCUGAAUCACGAUUGCCUGUAUUUUUUUUUAAGAUACGAGUGGAUAAACAUUUUUUCAGUUUAACGUUGUAAGGUAAAAUGUUAAGGAAAAUACAAAAAUAUAUCUCGUUGUGAUCGCCGGUUAUUUUCGGCAAACCUUGUAAUUAUAGAAUUAAAGAUAAAUGAAAUAUUUAAAGUUCAAAUCAAA